UGGUUAUAUAUUUGAUUCAUCGAGCUUUAAAAGAUAACUCCAACAAUACAAAGUUGAUGUUGGCUACAGUUAGACAAUGGCAGCUUCAAGUGUUGAGGGAGACAAGUACAGGUCUCACUUGUCCGGAGAGGAAGAGAGAAACACACAGUGGAGGUAUGGUGCUCCUCCCAACUAUGAUGUUGUAAACAAGCUCUUUGAAGAAGGCAGAACAAAGAUAUGGCCUCCAGGUUCACUGGAAGAAAAAGUGCAAAACCUUGUGAAGACAUGGGAAAUGGAGAUAUUCCACAAGACCUGUUUUGAUGACUACAAAACAGUUGAUCCAAAGAAGUAUAGACUUAGCCUCAAUGGAAGGAAAGGUAUAUCACUGGAAGAGUUAAGAAAUCUUGGAGGAGGUUACAACUCACUGCUGCAAACCUCUUUGCCGGACAAGUUCCGGUGCUACAACCCGGCUGAAGAAACUGUAGACUCAGCCCACAAGGCUUUCACGACAGCUUUUCCUCGUGGUUUUGCGCUGGAGAUUCUCCAAGUCUACUCGGGUCCACCAGUGAUCGUGUACAAGUUUAGGCACUGGGCAUUCAUGGAGGGUCCAUUUAAAGGAAAUGCUCCCACCGGUGAAAUGGUCGAAUUCUAUGGCAUGAGCAUUUUUGAGUUGGACGAACAUUCAAAGAUUGUGAGGGUUGAGUUCUUCUAUGAUCGCGGCGAGUUGCUAGGAGGGCUUAUGAAGGGCAAGGCCGGUGACGAUUCUGCAAGUGAGAUGUCUUCAAGCUGCCCUUUCUUGAAGAACACAGGAUAGUUGUUCUGUGUGUUCUCCCCGCAACUUGUGUUCAAUAAGUCAAAUGGUCCUUGGUAAGCUUAUGGGUACAAAUAAAGGCAUAUCUAAGUACAUUUUGGAUGUACCAAUUGGCAUUCUCAUCUCUGUUUAUUGUGUGUACCUUACGUUAUGGUGUCUUGUGUUCAUAGCAUUAUACAGAGCACUACGGCCAUGUUUAUUUGGCAGUACCGGAUUGUGCAAUAUCAUACAUCCGGACUACAUAUCCGGUAUAUGAGAAAAAGAUUUAUGGUUAGAUUAAGUAUCCAUCGUAUUUUUUUAUCCCACGAACAUGGGAUGUCAAGAUCACAGGAGUUGUGGUUUUGCUGAUCUCCUCACUUUUCAGCAGAUGGAAUUACAUAUCCUAUUCAUUUAUCCAUCCCUUCACUAUUAGUCCCCAACAAACAAGCCGUAAUGUUCUAUUUCACCUGCAAAACUAGAACACUGUUCCACUGAAUAGGAAAUUAACACCUUAAAUAUAACUCCAUUUAAAGCGUCAAAUCAGCACAACUAGGAGAACAAGAGUACGAGCGAACAGAAUUCCACACCAUUUGUUCCCUUAUCGACAUUACCCAGUGAAUGGAGUGGAGUGGAUCAUUGCUUCUUUGAAAUGACUAAACUAUGGGAAUAUAAUGCAAACAUAUUAUCUGAUUUGUUAGGUCUAUUAAAGUUUAGGCGUCAAUCAUUUCUCCAUUUUCUGAAGAAAAUUUGACACGCAGCCAAACCAACCACCUGCAAAUGGAUACAACACCACCGAGUUUGCUUUAUGUGUAUAUCACCAUACAUCACGUAUCAAUACAUGCAUUUCAUAUAACACAAAAUACAAUCAACGUAUAUAGAUACUCGUUAACAGUACGUAGCGCUUCUGUUUAGAGUUAGACGUAUCGAAUAUGAAUACUUAUGCUGUCCUAUUCCCUUGUCUUCAACAACCACAAUUUAGCAUGUGAAAACAAUCAACUCCUAGUAUCAUAUGAUCCCAAGUGAUCAAUCCUAUAAAGUCCAGCAGUUCCAUUAUAAAUACUGCAUAUGGUUUCAGGUGAUGGCAACACCAGUGAUUCAACCGUGAAUCCAUAGCAUAAUUGCGUCUAUCACCUUCAAGAAUUUAACUAAUGAAGUAUCCAAUACCAUGCAGGAAUUCAGAAUUACAAAAUGAUAUCACCCUCCCAAAUACCCAUCAGCGGGGGUACACCCUCCCGUACCUCCAGAAGUUACAUCUGGCCAGACCAAGGGCUGUACAAGCAAAGCCCCCAAAAUCCCCAUUUGGGUAAAGCUACAAGUAUCCAAUUACAUCUCACCCUCCAUAAAAUUCUCACUGAGAGUCAAGGCUUUGCGGCAACCAAAGGGUUUUAUAUCACAGCUAUAAGCAUAUUCAGUUAUAGAGUGACAGAUCAAAAUGAUUCCACGUCUUCGUUUUCCUGAUAUAUUACGUAGUAUAUAUUCACGAAAUACAUACCAAUGAAAUCCAGAAAAAUGUAGGUUUCAGCCAAGUAGGGGUGGAAUUUAAACCGACAAAACCAAAAUAGUCGGUUUGGUUUUGGGGACAGAUUCGGUUUGGUUCAGUUUUGUUUUGCAAAAUAUAUUUUUCCCGGUUCGGUUUUGGUUUUAGGGAGGUAAAACCGAACCAAACCGAAUUCUCAUAUUCUGAAUCCCUGAUUCCAUCAUUGCAGUCCGUCCAUAGCCCUUCUAAUCCUAGACGUCCAUUCAUCUAUCACACUAAACUAACCCUAGCUGCACUUUAUCUCUCUCUCUCUCUCUCUCUCCCAAAUCGUUCCAUACAGACUGACAGACGGUCAUCUCUCUCUCUCUCUCUCUCCACAGUCCAAACUUGACGUUCUGCCAUCUCCACACCAACGAAACCUUAAAAUCAAACCCGAACCAAAAAAAAAAAAUGUUUUACAAAACAAAACCGAACCAAAA